AUCAGUCUCUUGUUAGUACUUGUUGAGUGCAACUGUUUAAAUAUGGCUUUGAGUGGAAUUAAAUUGGCUUUGGUAUUUGCAAUUUUCUUAUCACCACCACCCAUUAAGGCUCGAUUGAUUGAUAACUUGGUUACAAUGGGACCUAAUGAUAUAAUCCACGUAAAUGCAGGUGAUUUUGAGAAGGAAUUCCAUGCAGAAUUCACAAAAUACGAAAGUGCCAAUGAGACCACAAAUCGUCUCAGUGAUAUGAUACAAAUUCUGCGUGAUUCAAAGUAUAAAAUGGUUAUUGUGGAUGAUAUUCCGAAUGCAAAAGAUCCUCAACGAUGUCUAACGUGCCGCGCUGUUACGUAUUCAUUCUUAACGUUCAAUUCAACCGGCGCUGAUGAUGAUUUUUUGGAAAAAGUAGCCGUUGAUCUGUGCUUGUUGCUCCAACUGGGAGGAACUGAAAAUGUCUGCAAGGAUCAAGUGGCCACAUUCAAACCCAUGAUGGCCUAUAUAGUCAAGCAUACAGAAAAUAUACUUCCAGAUAGAAUAUGUGGGAUUACCCAACAAUCUUUCGAGUGUGGCUCUAUAGAGGAUUUAUACGAGGAAUUCCCAGUGGCAUUUCAAGAGCCCACUCUUCCCAGGAAUGCAACAAGCAAAUCAUCUCCAUUAACACACAAAAGCAGACACAAUCUCACGAUUCUCCACUUGACGGACUUUCACUACGAUCCUCUCUAUGCUGUUGGAUCUGCUGCAGAGUGCAAAGAACAAAUUUGCUGUCGUGGCAAUGUUGUUCCACACAAUGGAGCUGGAUUUUGGGGUGAUUACAGGGGCUGUGAUUCCCCGUGGCAUACGUUGGAGAACGUCGUGGAAGAAAUUAAGAGGAGAUACUCGAAAAUUGAUAUGAUAUACUUCACAGGAGAUAUUGUUGAUCAUUUCUAUUGGAAAACAUCCACUGAAGGCAAUAAGAAAUCCAUUACAGAUCUCACGGAGCUUUUUAAAAAGGCCUUUCCCGGUAUCGCACUAUAUCCGGUUCUGGGGAAUCAUGAAGCACAUCCAUCGAACACAUUCGCUCCGAAUGAUGUUGAGGGGGAAAACAUCUCAACACGGUGGCUAUAUGAGCAUAUUGGUGAUGUUUGGAGUGAGUGGCUGCCACAAGCUGCCCUUGCCACCCUCAGAGAAUCCGGGUACUACAGCGUUAAAUUAUACAAUGGACUCCGUGUUAUUGCCAUCAAUAACAACUUCUGCUAUCACACAAACUACUGGCUUCUCCACAACUCAUCGUACUUUGCACAGCAACUUGAGUGGCUGCAGGAAGCUCUACAGCUGGCAACCACAGCAAAGGAAAAGGUGCACAUAAUUUCGCACAUUCCAUCCAAUGAGAGGGAUUGCUUUGGACCCUGGGCGAGGGAGUAUCGAAAGCUCGUGGAGAAGUUCUCACCAAUAAUCAGUGGAAUAUUCAAUGGGCACACCCACGAGGAUGAAUUCAAUGUUUUCUACUCAAAGAGUGAUCCAUCGAAGGCACUCAAUGUAGCAUGGAAUGGGGGUAGUGCCACAACAUUUGCAUACUUCAACUCCAACUUCCGGCUCUAUUAUGCUGAUCUCGACACCUUUGAGGUGUUGGACUACGACACUUGGUGGUAUAAUUUAACAGAAGCAAAUCUAACGCCAGACAAGAAGCCCACGUGGCAAUCAUACAGCUUUGCCAAGGAAUACGGACUGCAGAGUCUCAGCCCGGCGAAUCUCGAUAAACUCAUAAAGGAUUUUGCACACAACAGGGAUAAACUCUUUUCAUACUGGAAGAGAAAGGUCAAGUAUUCCGAUGCCCAACUGAGUCAGGGAUGCAAUGAGCAGUGCCUUACAGAAACUCUCUGUGAUAUUGUUUUUGUAGAGCAUGGCGACAAUACGAAAUGCGAGGAACUCUUGAAAAUAUUCUACAGUUAAUCUAAUAUAUAACAUUAUGAGAUUUUCUCACAACUGGCUUUUCCUUUUCUGCACGAAAAAAAAAUACAAUAUAGCUCUGCAUAAUGUCCUUUUUGCAUGAAAAUUUAAUUAUUUUGGCAGAGAAUAAAAAAUGAAUAAAAAAAAGAAAACAAGGAUGACUGAAAUAUGUAAUGAUGUGGCGAAUGAUAGAGAAAUAAUGUUGAAAAAAAAAAUAAACAAAUUAGCAGACAA